GUCUUGGACUGCGCGAUCGGCGAGUCCAAGGGCGUCCUGGACAACUCGGCAUCGUGGGGGGCACUGGUAGACAGGUGGGAGACUGAAACAGAGGACCAACCUGCGGACAGCGUGAAGUGCCCUGCGUUCAUCCCCGAGUCCCCGAAGUUCUUGAAGGGCCAUCUUUUGCCUGCCGCCAAGAGGAGAAAGGGCCGCGUCAUAUUCCGAGCGAGGGUCGAGGACUACGUGCGCCACGCGGUCAACGCCAAGCCCGGGAGGAAAGGCGAGGGCCGAGAUGCCGUGGACGUCGGCUUCAACUGCGGCAAGGGCCCCGCCCCACAG